AGUGUUGAUUUAGCGCUGACGAUAACUUCACUCAAAGUAGCAAUCAGUUAUAGUGAGAAAAAAAAAAAUGGAGUCAAGAAGAGUAACAAAGACGCUAGAAGAUCAACGGAUGGUGGAGCGUCAAGUUAGGGGGAUAUACGAUUAUUUCUACAGUAUUCCCCCAAACUCCCAGUCCGUCAUCUUAGAGCUUCAACGUGACAAGCACUUCGAUUUUCUUACACGUGGUCUCCGAAAACUUGGUCCUUUGUUCUCCGUUUUGGAUGCCAAUCGACCAUGGCUUUGCUACUGGAUACUUCAUUCAAUCACUCUGUUGGGAGAAUCUGUUGAUGCCGGACUGGAAAAUGAUUCAAUUGACUUUCUGACCCGUUGCCAGGAUAAAGAUGGAGGCUAUGCCGGUGGACCUGGUCAGAUGCCUCAUCUUGCAACUACUUACGCUGCUGUCAAUUCACUCAUAACUUUGGGCAGCCCUAAAGCCCUGUCAUCAAUCAAUAGGUGCACAAGCUAUUCUAUGUUCUUACUGGUGCCUUAUCUAUCAUUCACUCCUGUUAACAUUGAUCUAAUGAUGUACAGAGAAAAAUUGCAUGCAUUUUUGCUGCGGAUGAAAGACCCAAGUGGUGGCUUCAGGAUGCAUGAUGGUGGAGAACUAGAUGUUCGUGCCUGUUAUACUGCCAUUUCUGUUGCAAGUAUAUUAAACAUUGUGGAUGAUGAGCUGAUUCAUGGUGUUGGAAAUUUCAUCCUAAGUUGUCAGACUUAUGAAGGUGGAAUUGCUGGCGAACCAGGUGCUGAAGCUCACGGUGGGUAUACUUUCUGUGGGUUGGCCGCAAUGAUUCUGAUCAACGAAGUGAACCGAUUGGACUUACCAAGAUUAAUUGAUUGGGUGGUAUUUAGACAAGGAGUCGAAGGUGGAUUCCAAGGCAGGACAAAUAAAUUAGUCGAUGGCUGCUAUUCCUUUUGGCAGGGCGCGGUAGCUUUUCUUAUACAAAGAUUAAAUUUGGUAGUCCAUGAACAACUAGGGCUGUCAAAUGACCUUGGUACAGAAAGUGAUGAUUCUUCAGAGUCAGAGUUAUCUGAUGAAGAAGAGCACUUGGAAGGGACGUCCUCUCAUGUUCAGGAGAUUUGCCCUCCACAAGAAGGACAAGAAAAUGCUUCUGAUACCACAAAGAUAGCAGAUACUGGAUAUGAGUUUAUCAAUCGGCCCAUAGCUAUGCAGCCUCUCUACGACAGCAUGUAUCUGCAGCAAUAUGUUCUUCUCUGCUCCCAGGUAGAUGGAGGUUUCAGAGACAAACCUGGGAAGGGUAGGGACCACUACCAUACGUGUUAUUGUUUAAGUGGUCUUUCAAUUGCUCAGUAUAGCUGGACCGACGAAGCUGAUUCUCCACCAUUACCCAGGGAUGUAUUUGGUCUUUAUUCCAGAAAUCUGGUGGAACAGAUUCACCCACUCUUCAACAUAGAGUUGGAUCGGUAUUAUGAAGCUCGCAAAUACUUCUCAUGCUUGUGAGAAUGUUUCACCACUAUAGCUUUUGCGGGAAUGUUAGCACCCA